AUGGAUACAACCCCAAAUGACGUGAACGACCUAGCACAGUCCAAUGGUGAGCCUGGUGAACCCUAUGAUACUUGUCAGGUCAAGGAGCCUAGGAUUAAUAUGUGUUUUGAUACAAUGCAAGAUGCAAAGAAAUUUUACACCAAUUACGCAAUUACUUGUGGAUUUGCUGUGAGGACAAGAACUUCAAAAAAAGAUGAGGACAAUAACGUCAACUACUUGCGAUUAGUUUGUUCAAGGGAAGGGAAAUAUGUAUCUGCCAUCAAACCUGAGGUGAAAACACAUCCAAGUCAAACUAAUCAAUGUCCAAUUGGCAUUACCAUUACAAGAAAGGGCGAUAAAUGGUUUAUAAAAACCUUCUUGCUAGAACACAGCCACGAUUUAUGCCCGAAUACAUCUAAGCUAAUCCCAGGAAAUAGAAAAUUAAGCAUGCAAGCGAAGCACACGCUGGAGGUAAAUGACGAUGCGGGAGUUCGGAUAAAUAAGAGUUACCUUAGCAUCGUUAGCGAUGCAGGGGGAUUUGAGAACAUGGACUUUGUUGAACGAGAUGCACGCAACUACAUUGUGCAACACAGAAGAUCUUUAUGUAAAGACGGUGAUGGUCAAGCGCUCUUAAGACACUUUUCAUCAAUGAAGGAUUUGAACAACGACUUCUUCUAUGACAUAGCAUUGGACGAAGGAAAUAGAAUAUGUAGUGUGUUUUGGGCAGAUGCAAGAAGUAGAGCUGCAUGUGCAGAAUUUGGUGAUGUGGUGUCCUUCGACACCACUUACUUGACAAAUAAGUACGACAUGCCCUUUGCACCAUUUGUUGGACUGAACCACCAUGGUCACUCCAUUUUACUUGGAUGUGGAUUGCUUUCUUCCGAAGACACCUUGUCAUUUGUUUGGUUGUUUGAAUGUUGGUUUAGAUGCAUGGGAAAUAAGGCACCUGAUGGCAUAAUAACUGAUCAAUGCAGGGCAAUGGCUAAUGCCAUUGAACAGGUUUUCCCUCAAACAAGACACAGGUGGUGUUUAUGGCACAUAAUGAAGAAGUUGCCAGAAAAAUUUCAAGGAUACAAAAAUUAUGUUGCCAUCAAAACAGAUAUACACGCGCUUGUAUAUGACUGUGGGUCGCAGAUGGACUUUGAAAAUGGAUGGGAAGAACUACUGAGAAAUCAUGCAUUGGAGGGUAAUGAUUGGUUAUGUAAUCUUUAUGAUGAAAGACAAAAAUGGGUACCUUGUUACUUAAGGAAUGAUUUCUGGGCGGGUAUGUCAACCACACAAAGAAGUGAGGGCAUGAAUGCUUUCUUUGAUGGAUUUAUAAAUUCAAGCACCACACUUCAACAAUUCGUGGUACAAUUUGACAAUGCCCUUAGAGUUAAGGCACAAAAAGAAAUACAGGCUGACUUCUCCUUCCUGAACACCACGGUUGGCUGUGGCUCGCAGUCACCAAUCGAGAGACAAUUUCAGUUGGAGUACACACAUGAGAAGUUUGAGGAAGUCCAAACAGAGUUUCGCUCUAGGAUGAAUUGUUUUAUCAAGAACAGUGUUAAGGACAAUUUACUUAAUAUGUACACAGUCAAAGAGGAGCGCGUGUUCGAGGGGAAAUGUGCCGAUAAAUAUUAUACAGUUCAAUUUGAUCCACUAACUAAAAGUACCACAUGUUCUUGCCUCUUAUUUGAGUUCAAAGGCAUCAUUUGUCGGCAUUCGUUGUUAGUAUUUGGUCAGGAAGAUGUGUGCAAUGUGCCAUCCAAAUACAUUCUUCGGCGAUGGAGUAAAAAUAUCUGUAGAAGGCACACACUCAUUAGAGCAGUGUACGGUACCUCAAAGCAUCAACCUACAAUGGAAAGAUACCAACAAUUGUGCAAAAAAUUCUAUGAUAUAGCGGAGGUCGCUUGUGAGUCCGAGGUUCUUUCAAAUGACUUAGAAAAAGAUCUUCAAUCACUUGCUCAAAAAUUUGGUUGUAGUACAUCCAUGUGUACUAAGAUUAUUAGUGAUGGCGGUGAAUUGAGAUAUGGAUAUCCAGUCGGCAGUCCCCCUCCUGACACUGCAGGGGGAAAUGAAGACGUACUUGUGCGCAGCCCUUUAGCAGUGAAGCGAAAAGGUCGACCACGCACAAACAGGUUAAAGUCUACCGUGGAAAAGAAAACAAGAAAAGGAAGAACUCCUUCAGCAAAAAAGUCCUCAACAGCAGUUCUACAAUACUCUGAAACAACAUUAGCUGACGUUACACAAAGUGUCGAGGUCGUUCCAUUUCCAUACCAAUUAUCAGAGCAAUUCGGCGUGGUUCCAUCAGGAUUUAUGUCCUUGUUAUCAUCUGUACAUAACACUUUCGACAAUACCAUAGUUGGAUGA